UCAUGUGUAACGAACUCAGCGAGUAACCGCGUGCUUCCGCACCGCGGCGGGUCAGCUGAUGGAGACGGCACGCGGAAACUGGAAAGCCAAUUGGAGCAGAGCGGCGGUGGACGUGGAGAGUCACCGGAGCGUUUCUGCACGUUAACGUCACCGUUUCAUGUCGACAAACCGCGGGGUUAACUCUUAACGUGAGCGCACGACUCUCACCUUCAGCUCAGGCAGCGUCUCUUAACGUGAGAAACAGAGAGAAACAGAGAGAGAGAGGGGCUGGUGAUCCUCAGCAGGAAGUUAUGGCGCACAGCGAGUCGUUGGUGGCGUUGAAUGGGACCCAGAUUUCCUUCAUCGGACAUGACUGUAAAGACAUUCCAGACUUCCUUGGAGACAAGUACGGCCACUUUGCAAGACGGCUGGAUCUCAGCUUCAAUCUGCUCAGGUCACUGGCGGGCCUCAAAGUGUUCACUGAGCUGGAAGAGCUGGUCGUCGACAACAAUCUGCUUGGAAAUGACCUGCGGUUGCCCAGGUUACCCAACCUCCACACCCUGACACUCAAUAAGAACCACCUGACUGAUAUCGAGGCCCUGCUGGAACACUUGGCUGAUGUGACCCCGUCGCUGGAGUACCUAAGCCUGCUGGGAAAUGAGGCCUGCCCCAACCAGCUGGUCAGCCCAGAUAAGGACGAGGACGACUACCAGAGAUACAGGUACUUUGUUCUGUACAAGUUGCCCCAGCUGAAGUUCCUGGACACGAGGAAAGUCACCCAAAAAGAGGUGAUGGAGGCCCAGGCGAGAGGAGCAUUCAUGAAAGUGGUCAAACCAAAGUCAGAAGCUCUGCCUAAUGACUCUAGAUCUGAGAGUCACCCAUCGUCCUACACUCCUCUGCCCCGAGGGUCCAGAGACGCCAAGAACCACAAAGGGGUAUUCGCUAAGUGUCGCUACAUCUACUACGGAAAGCACUCAGAAGGCAACAGAUUCAUCCGCAACGACCAACUCUGAUGGAAAGAAUCUGGUCGGACACAGAGAGGGACACGGACCACGACAGAUGUCAGCAGAAGGAAAGAUGAUCAAACAAAUCCUUUAUUUAUUAAAUGCACUGCUAAAAUGCGAGUCAGCUGUUUUCCCGCUGGAGAAUAAUUUAAACCGUAGCAAAAUAUGUUGUUGUGGUUAUGCAAGGUGAAUGUUUUUUUUAAGAUCUUAAGAUCGUACCCCAGCACUUCGGCCUCCUCUGAGCUCGGUCUUCUUCCAGCUCAGAGUCGGACAUGACACUUCCACUGACAUGAUUGCCUCUAAGCAUCAGCAACUGCACAACUACAGACACACACAUGCAAAGGACAGUCUCUCUCUCUCUCUCUCUCUCUCUCUCUCUCUCUCUCUCUCUCUCUCCCCCUCUCCCCCUCUCUCUCUCCCCCUCUCCAUCUUACACACAGAUCCGUUCAAUUGCAUCCUUUUCUUUGACAGCCAUGAUGGAUCACCCAUCCACUGCCGCCACUAAUCAAGGGUGAAAGGGGUGACGGUCACACACCUGGGGCCUGACAUAGACUCAUCCCUCUGUCUCUCUCUCUCCCUUUCUCUCUCUCUCUCUAUUUGUAUCCUUUACUUACACACGCACGCACACACACACGCACACACACACACACACACACACACACACACACACACACACACACACACACACACACACACACACACACACACACACACACAUUACUGCUGUUUGAAACAUAGAGACAUCAACAGAACAAGGUUUUGAGGCAUGAUCAGUCUGGUUUGUGUCAGAGUGCAGAGUACUUCUUAUUUUAUUUGAACGCAUCUUAUUGAAUUUAUUUCAGUUUAGAGGAGAAAGAGAAACUUGUUUUUUAAAAAAAUGAGAUAUACAUUUGAUAUUCAGGCAAGGAUUUUGUUAGUUUUCUGUUAUUAUGAACUGUUUUUCAGGAAGAGAUGUGUCGAUGCAGCUUUAAAAGUCAAAACAUUCCAAUAUUAGCUUUAAUGAAGUGUGCAUUCCAGGUUUAUGUUAUUGUGCACUGUGUGUCUUCAGCCAGUUUACUGCUUUCUAUUGUGAUGACUUAUAAAUCUUCAGAAAAUUGCAUUUGACACAAUAUUAAACACAAAGUUAGAACCAAAUUUGUUCAAUGUUUACGUUUUAUAGUACUUUUAAGAUGAUUACACAAAUUAAUAAAGAAUUGUAACAACAGCAGAAGGUAAAGUGCCAUUUUUUAAUAUCUGAUUUUAUAGUUCUGCAGGCAACCGUCCAAUCUGAGAAUCGGAGAUGAAUGAAUGAUGUAAUGGAUGUAAUGUAAAACUGUACAAGCGGGCUUCAAGUAUUAAAAGAGGUUAACUUAU